UAUGACAGUUCAGUAGAAGAAAAAUGUGCCUUAAUUUAAACGUGAUUUUGUGAUAACUCCGACAAUUUUCCCUCCUGCUCGUAGAGUUUAUUGCCGCGGUUAGUGAAUUAAUAACAUAAUUGGUGCAUUCCCAGUGAGAAUCAUUGUGAGAAAAUGGAGAAAAUCCUUCGAGGAAUAAUGCGAUAUCGUUCAACAACUCGCGAGCAAAUGGUGAAGGAAUUCCAAAAAGUCCGCGAUAAUCCUCAUCCGAAAGCCGUCUUCUUUACGUGCAUGGACAGCCGGAUGAUUCCCACGAGAUUCACAGAGACGCACGUUGGGGAUAUGUUUGUGGUUCGAAAUGCGGGGAAUCUUAUUCCACACGCGCACAACUUCCAGGAUGAAUAUUUUACGUGUGAACCAGCUGGAUUGGAAUUGGGGUGUGUCGUCAACGAUAUCCGGCACAUUGUGAUUUGUGGUCAUAGUGAUUGCAAAGCAAUGAAUUUGUUGUAUCAACUACGCGAUCCGGAAUUUGCGUCACUGGACAAUCGACGCAUUUCUCCGCUGAGAGCGUGGCUGUACUCACACGCGAAUUCGAGCCUCACGACCUUCCUAAAGUGGCACGAGGCAGGAGGGAAGGAUCCUUUGAUCUUCUCUUCUGAAACAUCAUUACGCAAGGUUGUGGCGUACAUUGAUCCCGAAAAUCAAUUUGCAAUCGAAGACAAGCUCAGUCAGGUAAAUACACUGCAGCAGAUGGCCAAUAUUGCGUCAUAUGGGUUUCUGAAGAAGCGCCUAGAGACGCACGACCUUCACAUUCAUGCUCUCUGGUUUGACAUCUACACCGGAGACAUUUACUUCUUUAGUCGAGCUGCCAAGAGAUUCCUGCCAGUAGAUGAGGAGACAGUGGAGAAGCUCCUGGGAGAAGUUCAGAGGUACUACUCAUGAGGGUAGCUUCCGCCCUGCUGAAUGCCAAAGCAAAAUGAACAUAAAUGUGGUGCUUGUACAUAGAGAGAGAAAAUGCCAAAAUGAAAAGCUUUUGCAGAUUCGCCAAAAAUCCUUCGCAAUCGUCACCAAGAGAAGCUUGUGUUGUGUUUUUUUUUAUACAUUUUGUAUACAUAUCUACAUGUUUUAUAAAUCUCAUAAAUAUUAACAUUUUUAUACUUUCUAGGGGAUAUAGAUAGAUGGAAAAAUGCAAGGAAAAAAUCUGGUCAAUUGGAUGCAUUUAUAAAAUGAGAAUUUUAGAAAAAAAAAAUAUAGAAAUUGUAAAAAUCCAAACAUUUUUACAUGACAUUCGUAUAUGUUGUAUAUUUUGAGAAAUAAUAUUGAACAUUUUAAAGAAUAUAUAAUUUUUUUAUUCGUUUAA